CUCCGACACCAUGUCCACUACCUCCAAGCCGACGCUUCCCCCCAUCACCCCCGACCAACGCAGGAAGCUCAUCGAGUGUGCGAUCGAAUCGAAAGGGCAGGCGUACGCACCGUACUCCAAGUUCCGCGUCGGCGCCGCGCUCUUGUCCGAUGAUGGAAAGGUGAUCGGAGGGUGUAAUGUCGAGAAUGCGUCGUAUGGCGGAGCCAUCUGCGCCGAACGUACCGCGAUAGUGAAGGCCGUCAGCGACGGAACGACGAAGUUCAUCGCCCUUGCUGUUACUUCCGACGUUGCCACCCCUCUCUCUCCAUGCGGCAUCUGUCGCCAAGUUCUCCGUGAAUUUUGCCCGCUCGAUAUGCCGAUUCUUCUCGUUCCUGUCGGGCAUGAUCCUUCUAAAUCAACUGGAGACGUCUCAUCGCAGAGCAACACGAAGGCUACCCUUGACAGUACACCGUUGGCGGCGGAAGGGACGGAAGUGAAAGAGGUGACGUUGGGCAUGUUGCUGCCUAUGAGCUUUGGUCCGGAGGACUUGGAGCGCCCGAGGCACCCCAAUUAACCACUCAGUGUCGCUAAGGUUGGAAUGUAAAAACAAGAUUUGUAAAUCUAGUGUCCUUACGGACUCUGUAAAUGUAUUUAUAAUUUGCGAACUCAACGACUU